AUCAAAACGCUGGUCCUAAGACGAAUAUAAAAACUCUGAAGUAACUGCCUUUCGUGUAUUAUCCUUGUUAAAGAGGGACUUCGUUAUUUCCACCCUAAUACAACAUUCUUUGUAAUACCUUUGAGUUGACCCAUAUGUUGAACUAGUUUUUUUGGCUCUAUUCCGCCCACCGACCUAAUGGCGUAAGCUUGCACAGGGAUAGCGAACGCCGCCAUGAGCCUCCGCCAUGAGCGCGGCAAAGCCGCAUUCCCGCCUAACUCGGAAAACCUGGGUGGGGUACAACUUAUCUUGGACGAGUACCGCCACAUGCAAGAGCGCAUCAAUGAUAUUCGGCCAUCCACAGUGGAGCUGGCAGCUGCCAAGCGCUAUAAAGAGGACAUGUCCUUGGCAGAGCGUCUCAGCCGAAAUCGGGCGGCACGCCGUGCAGCCCACAAUCCAGUUUCUGCCGAACACGUCAACAAUCUGUACCACAUGUACAGGCGCAUAGAGGAGUCGUACACCCGUACCUCCCGGCUCAAGAACCCCUGGGACACUACCGUGUACCCCGUCUACCUGCGGAGGGACUCCAACCCCUACCAGGACAUGCUCAAGGCGGAGAUGGAGGCCAUGCGACCCGCCUCGGCCCCCGCCUGGGCACGCGACCGCAGCCGCCGUCACGUGCCCCCCGGCGACCAGUACGCCGGUUGGAGUGUACGUGAAUCCCUGGGUGCCGCAUUUCCCAAGUCCAGGUACGAGGAGGCUCUGCGGAUGGCUGACCGCGCUACCUACAAGAAGGCCAUGAUGGCUGAGAUACUCGACAAGCGGAUUUACAAGGAGGCCGAACUAAAGGCGCUCUUCCGCGCAUAUGCCCGCCUGGCUCCGCUGGGGGAUAAAGAGACGGUGGCGGCCGUGGUUCGGGAGCUCAAAAAGGAGCUGUUUGUCAAAUGA